AUGGAUGCAAAUAUCCAAAGAGCGCUUCACGACAAGCUCUACGACAAACGGAAAGGAGGAGCUCUGGACCUCGAGAGACUUGUUCGCGAAGCACUUGUCGCCAAGGAUUUCGACAAGAUCAGCAAAAUUGUUCAGCAGCUAUGCCACGAAUAUGCAUAUGCGGUGCAUCAACCUCAUGCCCGAAAUGGCGGGUUAAUAGGCCUGGCUGCAGCCUCAAUUGCACUGGGUCCAGAGGUUGCCCGAUACUUAGAAGAAAUCGUUCCUCCGGUACUUGCAUGCUUUACCGACCAGGAUGCUCGAGUGCGAUACUAUGCUUGUGAGAGCAUGUACAACAUUGCCAAGGUAGCUAAAGGGGAGAUUCUACUCUACUUCAACGACAUAUUUGAUUCGCUCUGUAAGCUAGCAGCAGAUUCCGAGCUCUCCGUCAAGAACGGCGCAGAGCUGUUGGACCGAUUGAUCAAGGAUAUCGUCUCUGAAUCAGCAGCUACAUAUGUUUCGGUCCUGAACGUUUCGGAAGAAGCAGUACUAGAGGUCGAUUCGGAAAACCCUGAAGCUGAUCGCGAGUCUUCCGUCGACUUGCCCACUGCAUUCUCACUCUCUCGAUUUAUUCCUUUGCUCAAGGAAAGAAUACACGUUCUCAACCCGUUUACUCGGACCUUUCUUGUCUCAUGGAUAACCCUCCUGGAUUCUAUUCCAGAUUUGGAACUCGUUACCUAUCUUCCCGCAUUCUUAGGUGGUCUCUUCAAGUUCCUUAGCGAUCCGAAUCGAGAUGUACAUGUUGCAACCCAGGGCGCUCUUGAUAGAUUUUUGGGGGAAAUCAAAAAGAUUGCAAGAAUAAAAAAGGGAAUUGAGGAAAGCCGCAAGAGCGCUGGGGAGGACAAAGCAAAACAAGCCAAUUCAAGCGAGAUCGAUAGCACGCCAACAGAGAGAGGCCCUACAAAUGAAGAGCAAGAGACGGCAAGCGUGCAUACUGACUCGAGCGGUACGGAGGAUGUCCGUAGUGUCAGCAACGACGACUGGGUUCCUGGGCAAGAUGUCCAGGUUGACCAUCCAAAGAUCUUGGAGAUUUUGGUACAAUUCCUUGAUCCAGCUUCUGAGGAAGAGAUACAGCUCGCGGCUCUUCACUGGAUUGAUAGUUUCUUCGAGAUCUGCCCCGAAAACAUACUCCCUUUUGUCCCAAAUUUGCUGUCGCAAGUGUUGCCUGCCAUGGCGAGCGAUGUGGAAUUGGUGCGCAAGGCUGCGAACCGUGUCAACAACUCGUUGAUGGAAUAUAUCAUGUCAUUGACGGAUGAGCCGGCGACAACACGGGCAUCUACAAGUACACCCAGGGACGGCCCAGAACCCGAACGCCGAGACUCAACUGCGAAUGGAAGAACUCCAUCAUCUUCUGCUCCUCGAGAAGGAGAUGGUAAGAAAGCUCCAGACAACCAAGGUAACGGAGAAACCCAAGUCCCCGCUGCUGUUUCCGCAACAGCGCCUGCCCAAGGAGAUAACUCGUCGCCUUCUGCAGCACAAACCACUGAACUGGAUUAUGCCGCUGCCGUCAACGCUCUCACGUUACAAUUCUUGAAUGAGCACGAGGCCACGAGAGUCGCAGCCUUGACCUGGCUCAUCAUGCUGCACAGUAAAGCCCCUCGAAAGGUUCUUGCCAUCAAUGAUGGCACAUUCCCCGCCCUGCUUAAGACUCUCUCUGAUCCGGCAGAAGCUGUGGUCACGCGUGAUCUGCAGUUGCUCUCUCAGAUCUCGCGAAACAGUGAAGACAAGUACUUUACUUCUUUCAUGGUCAAUCUUUUACAAUUGUUCUGCACAGAUCGCCGCUUGCUUGAAACUCGGGGGAAUUUGAUCAUCAGACAAUUGUGCGUCAGUCUGAGCGCCGAAAGAAUCUAUCGCACAUUGGCAGACUGUCUAGAAAAGGACGAAGAUGUUGAAUUCGCCAGUAUCAUGGUGCAAAACCUCAACAACAACCUCAUAACGGCACCAGAACUAGCCGACCUCCGUAAGAGACUGAGGAAUCUCGAGACUAGGGAUGGACAAACCUUCUUCGUCACCCUUUUCCGAUCAUGGUGCCAUAAUGCUGUGGCGACCUUUUCAUUAUGCCUGCUCGCGCAAGCAUACGAGCAAGCUUAUAAUCUGCUUCAAAUCUUCGCCGAACUAGAAAUGACUGUAAAUAUGCUUAUCCAGAUUGACAAACUUGUUCAGCUGCUCGAGUCGCCCGUUUUUACCUACCUUCGUCUUCAGCUCCUGGAACCUGAGAAAUAUCCACACCUCUACAAAUGUCUCUAUGGCCUUCUUAUGCUGCUCCCCCAGUCCUCGGCCUUUGCCGCUCUGAAAAAUCGCCUUAACAGCGUCAGCGCCAUUGGCUAUCUUCAUAUCGCCCCCAGAACAACUCCCACAGCCCCGGCCCCAGCCUACGACCGUCCCAACCGCCUCAAAUCACGCGACCAAGACAAUAGCGGCAUUCGCUGGGUUGAGCUUCUCGACAAAUUCAAGAGCGUCCAGGAGAAGGCCCGUCGGCUUCAACGUCUCCAGACGCACGGCGGGACUGAUGGCAUCGGAAUUAAUGGGACUUCUCUCGACGGGCUUCCCAGUAGUGUUCGCAACAACCGCUUCUUGCUGAAUGGUCAAAAUCUCGACUCUCCUGGACUUGGACUCGGUCUAGGCAUUCCAGGCUCGGCCGGCGGUGCAGUGGUACCUAGUGCUAGUGGCAUUGCGGCAACUGGAAAACAACUCUCGUCGCUACUCCCUCAAAGACCAGGGUCCGCACAAAGUAUACACAAUACGCAAGGUCAAGCAGCUGCAGGCAAUCAGCGGGCUGGAGGCCCCUCAACACCCACUCAAGGACCAGGUGGACCAGGCCAGGCACAGCAUAAACCGCGUUCAAGCUUAAGCAAUCUUGGCCGGCUCACCGGCGGGGUUGGAGGCAGAAAGUUGAAGAAGUAA